ACCACCCUCCCCCACUCCUGCCCCUACAAAACUUGCUGUGCUUGUAGUUCACUGUCAGUAACUUGCCCGUUUAUUUUUUUCUCUCAUUCUCAGUUUUCUUAGUCAUUUUCCAUCCCCUUGAUUUUGCAAAACUAUUUUUUAGGUUAUAACAUCCUCCCAACCUUAUUCUUCAGAGCAAAGAAUUGGGGAAACAGACUUUUCUCCCCCUGAUCUGAGACCAUUCCACGCGUUGAAGGGCAGCCAGCAACAUAUGCUUUUCGUAAGAAUAAUUGAAAACCUCAACUAGACAGCAUAGAAUUCUUUUGAAAGUCUGCCAGUUAUUUGAAGCAAAUUCAGCAAAGGAACAACAUAUAGCAUUCAAUAUCUUAAUCUUUAUAGUUGCCUUCUUAGGACUUGGUCUCUAAUUUUAUUUUUGGUUAUUCUGAUACAAAGUUGACUUAAUAAGUGGCUUUUUGUGUCUGACCAGAUAAGAUUUGACUUCAGUGAGAACCUAAGUGCUAACAAACACAUUCCACCAAAUCAACCUGCUCUCACUUCACAUUUAUUUCAGAUUCGCUUAACGCCUUGAACCAUCCACUGUCAUACUAUUGUCCGAAAGAGGGUGCACUUGAUUGCCAUUUUGCUUUCAAUAUGACAGCUGUCAAUGUCGCUCUAAUUCGAGAUACCAAGUGGCUGACUUUAGAAGUUUGUAGAGAAUUUCAGAGAGGAACUUGCUCUCGAGCUGAUGCAGAGUGCAGGUUUGCCCAUCCGCCAAGAGUUUGCCAUGUGGAAAAUGGCCGUGUGGUGGCCUGUUUUGAUUCUCUAAAGGGUCGGUGCACUCGAGAGAACUGCAAGUACCUCCACCCUCCACCCCACUUAAAGUCGCAGCUGGAAAUUAAUGGGAGGAACAAUCUGAUUCAACAGAAGACUGCCGCAGCCAUGUUCGCCCAGCAGAUGCAGCUUAUGCUCCAAAACGCUCAGAUGUCAUCUCUUGUAAGUUAUGGCAGAGUCUUUGAAAACUGCCAGUUCAUGUGGAGUAUUCGGGUUGCUGUAUGA